AUGUCAAUGUUCUCCGCCGAAAUGCUGGAACCACCUGUGUACCCUUUUGAGGAGAUCAACGAUUCUGAUAUAUAUUUGGAAGAGGUGGUUGGCAGAGGGGCAUUUGGUGUUGUGCGCAAGGCCAAGUGGAAAGGUAGAGAUGUGGCCAUCAAGACUAUAGAGAGUGAAUUGGAGAGAAAUGCCUUUUUUGUUGAGCUUCGCCAGUUGUCCCGUGUAAAUCAUCCCAACAUUGUGAAGCUGUAUGGUUCCUGCAGAAAACCUGUAUGUCUGGUGAUGGAAUAUGCAGAGGGAGGUUCAUUGUAUAAUGUGCUGCACGGUGCAGAGCCCCUUCCUCACUACACUGCAUCUCACGCCAUGAGCUGGUGCCUGCAGUGUUCUCAGGGGGUCUCGUAUCUCCACGGCAUGAAACCAAAGGCUCUCAUUCACAGGGACCUCAAACCUCCCAAUCUGCUCCUGGUUGCUGGAGGUACUGUGCUGAAGAUCUGUGACUUCGGGACAGCAUGUGACAUCCAGACACACAUGACUAAUAACAAGGGAAGCGCAGCCUGGAUGGCCCCAGAGGUGUUUGAAGGCAGUAACUACAGUGAGAAGUGUGAUGUGUUCAGUUGGGGUAUUAUUCUCUGGGAGGUGAUCACACGCCGGAAGCCCUUUGAUGAAAUCGGUGGCCCUGCUUUCCGCAUCAUGUGGGCUGUGCACCGUGGCACACGUCCACCUCUCAUUAAGAAUCUACCGAAGCCCAUAGAGAGUCUGAUGACUCGUUGCUGGUCCAAAGACCCAUCGCAGCGCCCUUCCAUGGAGGAGAUAUUGAAGAUUAUGACCCACCUUAUGAAGUAUUUCCCAGGAUCAGAAGAGCCUCUUCAGUACCCUUAUCAGUAUUCAGAUGAAGGCCAGAGUAACUCUGCCACCAGCACAGGCUCUUGUAUAGACUACACAUGUACCAGCAACAAGAACGAUAUGAACAUGGAGCACACCAACUCCCCUGGCAGCAAUGACACCAUCAAGUUCCCAUAUAAACCAAAGGGCGACCCGUUAAGGCCUGGUCACCCUCUCUCCAGAGGGGGCAGUGUAGAGAGUCUUUCUGGCAGACCACAUAGUUUGGCACAUUCCGACAGCAAACGAAUGAGCACGGAUCUCUCCGAACUGGAGCACAGAUUGCCCUUUGCUCCUGCAGCACGUCCACAAUUUAAGCGAGGUCACCGUAAAACGGCAUCACAUGGCACCAUUCUGGACAUUCCCAAGAUCAUCGUCACAGCAACCUGUGAGCCUCACAGACGCAGUUCAGUGCAGGACCUUCCUCCCAUUGUUACGGAGUCCAGUCAGGAUAGUAGGAACAACAGCAGACCAUCCAGUCCCAGUGUGAGGAUGAUUCCACCAGACAGGACAGACACCAAUGGCUCGGAUAACUCCAUCCCCAUGGCCUACCUGACCCUGGACCAUCAGUUACAGCCUCUAGCCCCGUGUCCAAACUCCAAAGAAUCCAUUGCAGUGUUUGAGCAGCACUGUAAGAUGGCACAGGAAUACCUGAAGGUGCAGACAGAGAUCGCUCUUCUCAUACAAAGGAAGAAAGAGCUGAUAGACGAGCUGGACCAGGAUGAGAAGGAUCAGCAGAACGCGUGUCGCCUCGCUCAGGAGCACAAGAAGCUUCUAGAGGAGAACAAGAGCCUGUCCACCUACUACCAGCAGUGCAAGAAGCAACUGGAGCUGAUCCGAGCACAACAGCAAAAGAGACAGGGCACCUCAUGAACCUCUUUCAUUAUGACAGAGCUAGACGGACUCUAGAAUCACAGUCCCUGUUAUCUUAUCCUCUCCAAUCCAAACAUCAGGGGGGGUUAUCUAUAGUUUGCCCAGGAACCCCUGAAAUCUGCCUGUUUAAGCACCCAACCCCAGCUGCCCGUGCCCCUAUGCACCCAUGAAUCCUGUGAAGAUGGUAACCAUAGGAAAUGUGUUCCACAGUUCAAACGAACGUGGUUCAUUUCCCUGUGCAUGCUGCGUUGCAUGUGCCCAUGAAUCCAGCAGGAUAUGCAAUAGCAGGGCCACAAUUAAAGCCAGGCGGGUGGAAAACACAGACUGUUGGCCGCUGAUAAACACACAAGUCUAAACGAGCCAGAAAACGCAUUUAUUUUCAAAAAGAGGGCUUUUGAGUAUAGAGCUGUUUAAAAUGAAAUGCGGUUUUUCGCCUUCCUCAGACAUCCCAGAAUGCCCUGUGGGAGUUGCCUCGUUCCCUUCGAUUAGGUGUUGGUCCUUGAGAAUGUGAAAGCAAAGUUACAUACAAAAGCUAAUUAUAUCAUUUUAAAUUUAGAUUUUUAUUUUGUUGCUUUCACUUUGUGUGUACUUUCAUUUUAACCCCUUUUUAUGCAACAACAGUAACAAAAAAAAAGUGCUUUACAUGUUUCCUUUUUUUGAUUUGUCCGCCCUAAAAAGUGUUAUAAUGUAUCGAUUCAAAUCGGGGGAUGUAUCUUACGUAUGCCUUGCAUGUUGACCUUGUGUUUAUGGACAAACAAGGGACGAUCUGUGUGUAUGUGCGGUUUGUAAUCCGCUUCCUUUGACAUCCCGUUUGAAAACCAUCGCUCUAAGUGAACAAAAAACAAAUGGACGUGAGUGUAUGUGAAACAUUUUAAUCAUGACUUCAGUAUUCUUGUUUCUUUGCUUUCUCUAACUGUGUAUGGUAAUUUUACCAGGGUUUUCAGAGAUCCGCUUCAUAGUUUUUGUUGCAAGUGUGGGAAAGAAGCUCUUUCUCUGAGCUUGAUUUAUGUAUUUUUAGUUCACAUGAUGCCUUAGAGAUGAAUCGCUUGCAUUUUACUUGACUUGUUUUGUUGCUGUCUGGCAAAACCGCUCCCACUUUGGCACGAUUAAUGCAAUUAGGAGUUUAGAAAUGUGAGUGAGAGUUUUAAAAGGCUUGCUAAGGCAACAUGAAUGAAAUCGAGAGCAGCCAGAUGAUGGUCUGAUCUGAAUGAUCUUGUCAAUAUGCUGCAGAAAUCACGAAAUUAUGACAAGGGGCAGUCGACCCACUCUGGUUCCUGUUAGUUCAGUUCCUCAUUCUUACCACUAAUUUUACAUCCCUAUACUUUGUUUAAGAGAAAUCAGAGCCGGAUUGUUACGUUAAGUUUAAAUUCCUUUUAGAUGUCACACAUUGUUUACUUUGUUGCCCCCAGCACAACUCAACCCACAUAUUUGCACAAUCCCACCAUGACUGGUUCUCGAGGAAUGCUCACUUUACCGUGAAAAUCUUGAGCAGGGGAAAGUCACAUUCGGAUGUUCAAGAUCUUCAAGUGAGGUCACUGGGAAUCUUUUUGUUUAACAGUGAAGUGGUGUAUUAUUAUUUUUUUCUUUCUUGGAGUUCAGUGUUCAUAAUAAGUUUCUGUACUACUGUAUGUGCUGUAAAUAAGAUGUCUGAUUUCUUAAGCUGUUGGGAAUGGGAAUACACAGGUGAAGGUCGCAUCUUGAAAUAAAUCAAACAGGUAAACAUGC